AUGACUGACGCCCAGUGGUUCAUCGACUCGGCACGAAAACAGUACAAUGAACUUGCUGGCGGUGUAGAGAGACAUUUCGAAAGUGUCGCGACGCAGCUAAGAGACUGGCUACCUGAGGGCUUCCAACCACCUCGUCCGCCGCCACCACCACCUCGUACCUUUACGCCUGCCACGUAUUGGAAUCACGUCAACAGAUGGGUAUCGCGCAACACCGCUCUUAGUGCUGGCAUCUUUGCUUUCGUCGGCACAGGUGCUGUCCUGGUUUUCAUACAGAGAUCGACACAUGUGAAAAAGAGAAGAGCCAGGAAAUCAAAUAAUGGUGCAAGAACAGAAGCCGUCGUUCUUGCUGGCUCACCAACAUCACCCUUGACCACUGCCAUCGCUAUGGAUUUAGAGCGUCGAGGUUUCAUCGUUUACGUCAUCACUAGCACCAAGGAAGACGAAGAACACCUCCGCAAGCAGUCGCGGGCAGAUGUGCUCCCCUUCGACCUUGACCUCAUUCACCCUGACAAAGCUGAGGGUCAGAUGCAACGCUUCCACCAUUUCUUGUCCCGCCAUCACCAUGCUUUCGAUGGAGCUUCUGCUCAUCGUCUGACAUUAGCAGGCGUGAUUCUCGUUCCUGACUUCUCAACAGUAACCGUGGGCUCUAUUGCUCAGCUCUCACCAGAGGCUUGGGCGACUGCCCUGAAUGCCAAAGUUCUGCACACCAUUACCGUCGCAAGACAUAUGCUCCCUCUGGUGACAGAAUUCAAGAGCAGGAUACUCCUCCUCACUCCAAAUGUCGUCUCGUCCUUACGACCACCUUACCGUGCAAUCGAAAGCACCGUAUCAUCUGCUCUCGGGGCGUUUGCUGCUUCUUUGUCGUCAGAGCUCAGCCUGCAAGGACUACACGCCUGUCACUUCAAGCUUGGAAAUAUCGAGAUUGCGGGAAGCAAACAGAAAAGAGAUGAGAUCAAGAGAGCCAGAAGCAUGCCGGGCACUUCGAUACGCAAACUCCACGAGGCAAUAUUCGAUGCGUUGCACAGCAGCAACCCCAGUCGUACGUGGCACGUUGGCAGGGGUAGCUUGAUCUACGACCUGAUCGGAUCGUGGAUGCCAAGUGGAGUUGUAAGUUGGACGAUGGGAUUGCAGCACGCACCCAGAAACGAGGAUCAGCAGACUCCUGAAUCCGAGGACUCUUCGAGCGACCGAUCGAUUACAUGGGAGAAAGUCUGA